AUGUCCUCCUUUUCCACAGAUCUCCAGCGUCCUACUAUGCGCCGCAAAUCCUCUGCACAAAACCUUCUUUCGUCCUUCAAGACUCCGGCUCAGUCAUCGUCCUCGUCCGCCCCAGUGCCCCCGCCUCUCAAUCUCUCUUCCGCGUCCCCCAUAAACUCGACAAGCCUCUCCUUUGCCUCAGCUGCUACACCCACCGCAUCUACCCCAUUGCCUAGGGACUGGGAUGCCCAGUCGCUUCACUCAGACACUGUCGCUUCUACCCUCGCAGGUGCUCAGAGCCCACCCCUAGGCCAGGGCACCUCCAUCGACCUCCUCAGAGAACUCGUCCAGAAGAGGAUAACCACCUUGACAUAUCUCAGGAGCAUCCAUGAAGGACGCAGCCAUUGGUUCCAUACCAUCCAGAUCUCGCGUGCAGAACUGGACAAGGCCUUUCACAACAGCAAUCCAGCUAUCAGAAAACGUACAACUCGUUUUGCCAUUCUCGGGCUCUCGCUAUCAACUCUUUUGGAUAUAAACCAACCACUCGACCUGCUUCGUGGCCUAAAUAUCAUCAUUACGGAAUAUGAUCAGAGCAAGGAAGAAGGCGAUAAAUCCCGGAUGCGAAUAUUCAAAGGCAAGGGCUUAAAAAGGGGCACCCAAGGAAUCCCUGAAUUUGCUGGUUCCUACGUUGAUGGUUCCACAGACGCGUCCAGUUUACUAUCUCCUUCAAUCCCUUUCCCUUUAGAUUAUCAUCAGACUUUACUUUCUUUACUUGAUGUUCUCUCUGAAGUCUACAACAAAAUCUCCAAAGUUCUUGGUCCCUCACCUUUUCCAAUCCCUCAGCAACAGAUGAUGGGCCCUCUGGGACUUCUUGCACCACACCCUGGCGUUUCGUAUCUUUUUCCCUCGGAGAUUCCCCCUUCGAAUCCUCAGGGAGGAUUUAACAACCCAAAUCACCAGUCAAAUCCAAAUCUCCAUCAACUGCCAUAUCCACCGAAUGGUAUUCAGCCAGAAUCUGAACUGAGUGGAAGCUUAUGGGGAAUAGCAAAUCCCAGUUCUGGACCUAUGGGCGGUAGUUCCAUCGCCGGUCAGCCCGUGGUAGGAUGGUCAAGCGGCUUGGGUGAUCUAGUUGUCAAAAUUGACAGCAAACUAAAGGCGAGUAUUCUGUAUGGAUUCUCCUUACUUAAGGAACUUGACGAACUCGCCCGCGCAGGGAUCAAAGAUGAACUGGCAUCUUUAGAUCCUCUGCUUCGAAAUAUCAGCAACGGCUCUGGGGGCGUUGGCCAGGUUCUUUACGACUUCGAAGGCAUGUGA